CCGCGGGCCGGUUCCCUUUUAAGGGGGCCGCCAUUAGGGGGUUCCAGCGCGACCCGAGGGCUACACCUGGUGCAGCGCAGAGUGCGGGACGGUCUCGGGGGUUCUAUGGAAGAAUUAAAAGACAUAUCAGUAGGCUGGUCAAGUAACAUGGCUGAAGAAAAACUGGAUGUUUCCAAGAACAGUGACUUUCCCCUUCUAAGUGAUGAAAAAUUUGAUUUUGACCUUUCACUGUCUCCUGUAAGUGGAAAUGAAGAUGAAGUAUUUGUUGGACCUCUUGGGCACAAAGAAAAAUGUGUUGCUGUCAGUAUUGAAGCAACUAAAAAUGCUGAAGAAAGGAUCUCUCAAACUCCUGUUAAGCUUAUGUGGAGUCCUCUUACUGGAGAGAAAUUUGUGGAAAUUUUUAAAGAAGCUCACUUGUUAGCACUGCAGCUAGAAAGUGGCAACAAAAAUGAACAGAACAAAGUCACUCAAUCAGAAGGAUCAAAACCCAAGGUUAUAGAAAAAUUUGUGCAAGAAUCCAAGUCAAAAUUAAAAAUCUUUCAAAAAGGAAACCUACAGAAAAGCCCGAGGUCUCUUAAAAGGGAGACAUACUGUGUGUCAGAGAGCCCAAUUUGUCAACUGCCACCUUCAUUUCAGAAACGUUCAGAUUUACCUGUGACACCAGUUGGCAAAAUACGUGCCCUUCAGGCUCCUCCAAACACAUCUAGUCCUCUUAAAAUCCAUAAAUCUCCUAAAAUACCUAUUUCACCUCUAACCCAAGAACAGCAAACUGAUGGAAAAAAUAGAAAGACAAUAAGCAAAUUGCACACCAAGGCCUCAUCUGCUCUUGGAAAAAGCAAUCAGCUGACAGUAGAAAAGCCAAAACCUGUGAAACACUUAAACAGUAUGGGGUCAUCUGAAGAUCUGCUUUCUGACAAAUCCAGUGUUGCUUCAGAUGUAUGUGACUCAUCAUUCAGUGGCAGCGCCUCAUUACAAGACAAGCAAACUCUUCCUUCUCAAACCAAGUUUCGGUUGAGAAUGACACAGUUAAAACCUCCUAGUACUGCUAAUGGUCCUCUAAGAAAGAACACCUCAUCUUCAUCAUCAUCAUCAAUUUCCAGCAUGAACUCCAGUUUGAAUUCAAGUUUGUCCAUCUCUCCCAUAGGGGGAAAUGCCAAAUCAAGUGUCUCUUCAAAAAUUUCUGUGAUCAACUCCAAACUCUCUAGCACACAAAGACUGGCUAUGGUUAGACCGAUCAGAAUAUCAUCUGCGCAGGCUGUCCAUUCUGAUGUAUCCUACAAGCAAACAAGAUUAGUUAGCACUCCCAAAAUCUCUACUGCUGGGAAUUUAGCUAAACCUUCAGCUUCUAUGACAGGAUCCCAAAAUCAAGCCAGUGGAAUUCAGAGACUGAGCUCCGUUCCUAAUCUGCAGAAGAUACCUCAGCAGAACAAAGAUGGAAGUGCAGCUAAAGGAAACACGUGCCCAAAAGGCAAGACUAAAGUUAUACUCACACCUACAAAUCAGGUUAAGGUCCCUAAGAGAUGUGGAGGUUCAUCAUCAGAAAAUAUAGCAUCAAAAGUAGUGGAGCCAAUCAGAUUACUGUCUUGUGGUACAUUUGGAAGUGGUGUGGCUGUUUGCACUCCUGUCAGACCUUCUGAAGAUGGGGCCUCGCAGAACUCUUGUCUUAGUUCCAGGUCCAUUUUAACUACUCCAGCCAGUAUAAAACGUUCUGCUCUGCCAACACCCGCUAGUCGUCGUAUCUCAGGAAUUCCAGCAAUGACCCCUAAAACUGUGCCAAGAUCUGUUUCCUCUCCACAUUUUAAGUCUGUACAUCAAGUCUCCAGUAUGUCCUCCAAAAAGACUUUUGCAGCUGGUUUUAAACAGGCUAGAGACCUCAAGACAGAAGUAUCCUCAUUUGAAGAUGACUUGUCUCCUCUACCUGUGAUACCUCUUACACUUGACUUUUCACCAGAAAAGACUACAGAAAUAGCAGAGAAUGCAAUACAAGAGACUGAAGUGCAAAAGCAGCCAGCUGAAGGAGCACAAGCUAAUGAGGUCUUCUUGGUUGAUGUUGGAAUAGUUGAAACUCCCAUUGCUUCUUUGGAAUGUGAAAGCAUACCUCUUAUUGACCUUUCUAAUACUCCGGAAGUGAAUAAAGCUAUUCCACUAAAACCUAUUGUGGUAGGACAGCUAAUAGAUUUGAGUUCUCCUCUAAUCACGCUGAGUCCUGAAGUGAACAAAGAGAAUCUGGAUUCCCCUCUGCUGAAGUUCUAAACUAACUCAGAGUUGAACCAAAAAUGUAUCACAGUACUAGCAUCUGCAAUCUUGAUUUGAUGCAUUAGCUGUCUUAAUAGUACUGCAUGGAGAGAAUGUCCUGCAAUGGAAUCACAUUCAGUAGUAAAUUAAAGGAACUUGUGUUGACAAAAGGAACUAGAAUAAUCUGUUCAGUGAAUCCAAAUUGGGAAUAUUUGAUUAAUGGAACUGUCUUCGCAUUAUUGAAGAUCUGUGUAGUUUUUUUUAAAGUUUUGUAUGUCUUCUUUAGUAAAUUAUUUUGUCUAAUCAUACAUAACAUUAACCUUUUUCAAAGGGUUUGCUAGUAAAUAAAAUGAUCUAAAGUACUAAAAUUAAACAGAAAAUUACAGUUAUUGUGGUAGUUGUCUUUAUAUCUAAUAUAAUGGUCUGUAUAUAUUUGAAGCCAUAACAAGUCUGGAAAUAAAAUGUGUUUGGGCCAA